GCUCAGCUUCAAGGUCAACAACGAGCUUUUCUUUCAUUCACUCGCACUCUCUUCUCUAUCCAAUACAAGCCCUUUCUCUCCCGCUGCGAACACAACCAUGGAUCCCCAAGACACCCGCUCACCCUCCGUCAAAAAGCGUGGACCGAAACCCCUCCAGUCCUCCAAUCGCAAAACCCAAUACCUAAUCCUCUACAACUUUGUGUCCGCACUUCUCUGGCUCGUCGUUUUGGGUCGAGUACUUCUCCUCGUCCCACUCGUCGGAUUCGGGCGUUUAUAUCCUGCUGUUGGCACUUUUGUAAAAUGGACACAGACUAUGGCACUUUUGGAGGUUGUGCAUGCUGCUCUUGGAGUUGUAAGAGCGCCCAUUAGCACAACCGGCAUGCAAGUAGCUAGCCGACUCCUCCUCGUCUGGUUCAUCGUCAACCCUUUCCCAUGGGUCGCAAAAAGCACCGGGUACUCUACAAUGCUCAUUGCAUGGAGUGUCACCGAAGUGAUUCGAUACUCUUACUUCGUUAUCACACUUAGUGGAUAUAAGCCCGCCAUCGUCACUUGGUUUCGCUAUAAUACCUUCUUCGUUUUAUAUCCAUUGGGGAUCAGUAGUGAAUGUUGGUUGAUUUAUAAGGCUAUUGAACCUGCGGGAGAAAUAUAUGGGUCACUGUAUCCUUUGGUUUUGAAAGCAAUUUUACUGAUUUACAUUCCUGGUUCAUAUAUUUUAUUCACACACAUGAUUAAGCAGAGGAGUAAGGUUUUGCGAGCACAACGAGAGAUUUUGAAAGAUGAAUAGAGUAUUCAAUCCGCAUAGAUUAUAGAUCAAAAAAGGGGGGGCUAGAACGGUUUGGAUGGUGUCCGAGCAACCAAAAAAUGGAACAUUAAUAGAAAAGUUGGUUGGUUGCGCAAAUUUGUAGAUUUUUCUAACUCCAAAGUCCACUUACCUCUCUCUAACUUGUACAUGAUAACGGUUUGAUUAGAAGGCAAAGAUUAUACCGAAUCUUGCGGCCUACAAAAAGGUAUUUCGAAUACAUUAUCAUAUGCCAACUUCUACGUAGUUUUACUGAAAUAACAUUCACAAGUAAAUAGACUCACUACUAAGUUUAAUAUCA